AUGGUGAAUCGCGGUCGAUUGUCGCCGGCCUGCUUUCCUUGCAGAUCGAGGAAGCUGAGGUGUGAUCUUCAGAAGGAUACCUGUGGACAAUGCCAAAGGGCUAAGAUAGCUUGUCAUGGCUAUCGGGACCCGGCUGCCCUGCAAUUCCGAGAUGAGUCUCUUUCAAUUGAACAAAGAGCGCUCUCAAGUGGAGACGAUGAUUUCUUUGUCAGAAUGACAAGUCGGCCGGGCACUCUCGAACUAAACUGGGACGCUCGUGCACGAUAUGCGUUCUUCUCAACUUAUAUCAACGGGUUUACGCGCAGCAUGGGGGAGGUGGCCUACUAUUGUAGGACGGCCCGCAGCUCUGACCACCUUUCCGCAAGUGUGGAGGCCGCCAGCCUAGCGUUCAUGGCCACACAGUUGAGUAGCACGUACCUCAUGCGACUGGCGAAUGCGAGUUAUGUUACGGCGAUACGAAGGCUCAAUCACUUCUUGACCGAACUGGAGUCCCAAGGGGCAGAAGAGGCGCUUCAGUCAGUGCUUCUCCUUGACAUCUACGAGAAAAUGGUUCAUCGGGAUGCUUGGGCUUCACAAGCUUGGAUGAGCCACUCUCAAGGAGGUCUAUCCCUAUUAAACACCCGGGCAUCAAGCAUUCUAUCAAGCCCAGCCGGCUGCCACCUCGCUGCACGAUUAGUUACAGCAGUUACUGUAAGCUGCGUAACAAAAGGCGUCAACACCCCCAAAGAGUUAGCGACACUGCGUCGCAACAUCGGCUACCGUGUUAGCAGUCCUAAAUGGAGUUUCCUUGGCGUGUUAAGCCGGGUAUAUAAUCUUCAUUUCGAUUUUGAAAGAGGAAAAGUUUCUAAGCGCGACUUCGUUGUGAGAGCGAAAUGUUUGGAUGAUCACUUGGAGACAUUGGACAAAACCGUACCGUCGGCAUGGCGGCCUCAGACAAUACAAAUCUCUGAGAACGAUGUGAAUGUUCUUGGCAGUUGUUACGACGUUUAUCCAGAUCAUUAUACCACUCAAGUCGUCAACGCCCUUCGAACUAUGCGCCUUAUCCUCUACAGCAUAUCGAAACAUCAUGUUUCAGAUGUCAAUUACAUACAGAAAACCAUUUCCCCAGAGACAGUUUGUACCUUAACGCGUCAGGUGUGUGCCUCGGUGCCACAGUUCAUACUGCCCGGCGUACGCACCUCAAACUCAAUCCCGUUCUCCCCGUUGCAGCAGCUGCAGUGUAGGACCUUUUUGACCCCUUUAUACUUCGUUCACCAAAUUUCUGAGGAAGCUUCGGUAAGAGAAUGGGUCCGGCGUUGCAUGAGGUUCAUGUGGGAAUAUGGAAACAUGAGAACAGCGAAAGAUAUUGCAGAUGUCAUGGAGACUAGACCUAAUCUGAAUUACUGGACUGUUUUUGCUAUGACAGGGAGUUAUGCAUUCUCAGCUUGA